AUGGCUGUGGUCGACAUACCAACAGGGUACUACCUGUUUAUCAAUGUGGGGUACUACCUGUUUAUCAAUGUGGGGUACUACCUGUUUAUCAAUGUGGGGUACUACCUGUUUAUCAAUGUGGGGUACUACCUGUUUAUCAAUGUGGGGUACUACCUGUUUAUCAAUGUGGGGUACUACCUGUUUAUCAAUGUGGGGUACUACCUGUUUAUCAAUGUGGGGUACUACCUGUUUAUCAAUGUGGGGUACUACCUGUUUAUCAAUGUGGGGUACUACCUGUUUAUCAAUGUGGGGUACUACCUGUUUAUCAAUGUGGGGUACUACCUGUUUAUCAAUGUGGGGUACUACCUGUUUAUCAAUGUGGGGUACUACCUGUUUAUCAAUGUGGGGUACUACCUGUUUAUCAAUGUGGGGUACUACCUGUUUAUCAAUGUGGGGUACUACCUGUUUAUCAAUGUGGGGUACUACCUGUUUAUCAAUGUGGGGUACUACCUGUUUAUCAAUGUGGGGUACUACCUGUUUAUCAAUGUGGGGUACUACCUGUUUAUCAAUGUGGGGUACUACCUGUUUAUCAAUGUGGGGUACUACCUGUUUAUCAAUGUGGGGUACUACCUGUUUAUCAAUGUGGGGUACUACCUGUUUAUCAAUGUGGGGUACUACCUGUUUAUCAAUGUGGGGUACUACCUGUUUAUCAAUGUGGGGUACUACCUGUUUAUCAAUGUGGGGUACUACCUGUUUAUCAAUGUGGGGUACUACCUGUUUAUCAAUGUGGGGUACUACCUGUUUAUCAAUGUGGGGUACUACCUGUUUAUCAAUGUGGGGUACUACCUGUUUAUCAAUGUGGGGUACUACCUGUUUAUCAAUGUGGGGUACUACCUGUUUAUCAAUGUGGGGUACUACCUGUUUAUCAAUGUGGGGUACUACCUGUUUAUCAAUGUGGGGUACUACCUGUUUAUCAAUGUGGGGUACUACCUGUUUAUCAAUGUGGGGUACUACCUGUUUAUCAAUGUGGGGUACUACCUGUUUAUCAAUGUGGGGUACUACCUGUUUAUCAAUGUGGGGUACUACCUGUUUAUCAAUGUGGGGUACUACCUGUUUAUCAAUGUGGGGUACUACCUGUUUAUCAAUGUGGGGUACUACCUGUUUAUCAAUGUGGGGUACUACCUGUUUAUCAAUGUGGGGUACUACCUGUUUAUCAAUGUGGGGAACUACCUGUUUAUCAAUGUGGGGUACUACCUGUUUAUCAAUGUGGGGUACUACCUGUUUAUCAAUGUGGGGUACUACCUGUUUAUCAAUGUAGGGUACUACCUGUUUAUCAAUGUAGGGUACUACCUGUUUAUCAAUGUAGGGAACAUUUCUGGAUGUUGUGAGAGGGUUAACAAUGUGUUCACUGCAUCAUACAGAUUUAGAAGCACAAACUGA